UAAUAUUGUGAGGUUUGAGUUUGUUCUUGUGAAGAAAUAGCAAAAUCAAAAAAAAAAAAAAAAAAUGGCGACUGUACCAUCAUUGUUCACUCAAUUCCCCUGCAAAAAAACCCAAGUUCCAAACUCACCAAACGCUAAACCACAUUCCAAAUCUCCGGUUCAAGUCUCGGUACACUCAUUCAAUCGGAGGUCGGAGCUUGGGAUCUCUGUUCACCGGCGAGGUUUCAAAGUCCGAGCAACGGAUUUUGACGACGAAUGGGGUCAAGAAGGGGUGGAGAGAGUAAUGGCUUCAUCAUCGGUGGCGGAGAAAGAAGCAGACGAAGCGAUCGAAUCCGUGGAGGAGACGGAGAAGCUUAAAAGAUCGCUUGCGGAUUCGUUGUACGGAACAGAUCGUGGUUUGUGCGCGUCGAGCGAUACGAGAGCUGAGAUCAGCGAGCUUAUUACCCAGCUCGAGUCUAAGAACCCUACUCCUGCCCCUACCGAUGCUCUGUUUCUCCUCAAUGGCAAAUGGAUCCUCGCCUACACAUCGUUCGUGGGUAUGUUCCCAUUGCUCUCACGCAGAAUCGAGCCUUUGGUUAAAGUGGAUGAGAUCUCACAAACCAUUGAUUCCGAUACCUUCACCGUUCAAAACUCUGUUCUGUUUGCCGGUCCGUUUUCCACAACAUCGGUUAGCACCAACGCUAAGUUCGAAAUCCGAAGCCCCAAACGUGUUCAGAUUAAGUUCGAGCAAGGAGUUAUUGGAACUCCUCAGCUAACAGAUUCGAUUGAGAUCCCUGAAUUCGUCGAGGUUCUUGGCCAAAAAAUCGAUCUCAGCCCUAUUAAAGGGUUACUUACAUCGGUCCAAGACACAGCUUCGUCUGUGGCUAGAACCAUCUCAAGCCAACCACCAUUGAAAUUCUCUUUGUCUAGUGACAAGACUCAGUCGUGGCUGCUCACAACUUACCUCGACAAAGACCUUCGGAUCUCGAGAGGCGAUGGUGGAAGCCUCUUUGUGCUCAUCAAAGAAGGAAGCUCUCUCUUAAACCCUUAAAAUUAUCAUUACUCUCUCACAUCACAUCACAUCCAGAGUAACAUAUAUACUACUAGUAUAGAACCAUUUGUCUAUGUUUAAUAGUGAUGUAACUGUUAUAUUACCUGUUGGAGAGUUAUAAUAAUGGAUGUUACUCUUAAGAAAUACAAUAUAUAUUUACAUUGAUACA